ACGUUGACUAUGAAGUUAAACUAUGUGCAAUAAUUGCUCAGCAAUGGUUAAACAACCUUCCAAAUUCCAACUCCAAAUUCUCAUCCAAAAGAUGAACAACAACAGCAACAGCAACGACGGUUCUGAUGCAAAUGGGUUCAAAUAUCUUCUAACAUUUGUAUUUGGUCUUGUAUUCUUGAUUCUUACAAUAGUUGUUGCUUGUGUUCGACUUCGUAUGUCACAAAAUCGAAGCGUGCUCAAUAUUUUGUCUGGUUUUCCACUACAUCAUCAAGAAGACUCAACCAUGGAACAAGGACUUGGUCGUCAUAGGAGCACAAAAUUUGAAGAACAACCGAAGCUAUUAUACUCUGAAAUUCAGAAGAAUAUAGGUGGCUCUUCAACUUCAAGUUGUUCUAUUUGUUUAGGGGACUAUAAAGAAAGUGACAUGUUGAGGUUGCUUCCUAAUUGUGGUCAUCUUUUUCAUGCUGCUUGUCUUGAUCCAUGGCUUAGGUUUCAUUUCAAUUGUCCCAUUUGUAGAAAAUCAUUGUUACCUUUAACCUAGCUAGUGUCUUCAAUAUUAAGUGGUUGUAGAGUAAACCAAAUCACUCUUUAAUUUUCUGUGUAUAUAACCAUGUUUUAAAUGAUAGAUUUAAUGUUUUUUUCUCCAUUUUUAAUAACAAUCAAGUCUAAAUGCAAUAACUCAGUGUAAUUUCAAUGAUGAUAUAGAUUGAAUAUUAACAUUAAUAUUAUGUGAGUUUAUACUUUAUACAGAUCAAGUGGCUUGUUCUUCUGCAUUUUUUU